AUGGCUCCUCCAUCUCAACUCCAGAUCGCCAUCUCGUCGCUCCAGCGACUUCUCAAGGAAGAAGCAUCGUACUACAAAGAACAAUCGCAGCAGGAGGCCCGCAUCGCCAAGUUGGAAAAGGAGGGUACAGGGGACGACGACGAUGGGAAUCGCGAGUUUCAACUGAAGCAGGAGAAAAAAGCUCUCGAGGAGACCAAGGCCAUGAUCCCUACGCUCCGAGAGCGAAUCACCAGCGCGAGAGAAAAGCUGGAGAGUUACCUGGACACGGCCACGAACGAAGAGGAACGCAACAAGGCAGUCGAAGUCUUGAAACAGGCAAAGGAGCAGCAAAAGGAUGACCCGGUUGCCGGACAGCAGUAG